CUCAGGUGCUCCGUCGGGACCUACCAGACACCGACGACGGAGGUUUCUGUACUCCCGCCGCUACUCCAUUGAGGUGAUGGUCGUCGUGGACAACAAAUUGGCAAGUUAUCACGGCAAGCACUUCAACCAGUAUGUCCUCACUCUCAUGUCCGUGGUGGCGUUAAUAUUCCGAGAUGCGAGCAUCGGCAACCGUAUCGACAUCGCCGUAGUUGAGGUGGUGAAGCAGGACCACCAGUUUUAUGUCUCCAAGAGAAACCACGAAAACAGUGCCGAGUUGCCGGGCAAGUCCGCUGAGGAGAUGCUCAAGAUGUUCUGCAAGUGGCAACAAAUGGGUCUUAAACGCAGCGCCAACCACCCCAGGCGAUACGACACUGCCAUCCUACUGACCAGGGAGAAUAUCUGCCGUAACCCCUGGACAAAGAGCUGCGACACACUUGGUCUGGCUGAACUGGGAACGAUGUGCUCUCGUCACUCCUCCUGUGCCAUUGUGCAGGACAAUGGCCUCUCCGCUGCCUUCACCAUCGCGCACGAACUUGGACACCUGCUGAACAUGCCGCACGACAAUGACGAUAAGUGCAGCUUAUUACAGGGACCUGACGACGAGUCAAACCAGCGGAUGAACGUGAUGAGUCGUAUGCUGGACCAUAACACACUACCCUGGGAGUGGUCCAACUGCUCCAGACACUACCUCACUGAGUUCCUGCAAGUCGGCCACGGCCGGUGUCUGGAGGAUGAGCCAUGGACAAAUAAAUUGAUAGAAGAGACAACAGAAAUUACUCUAGCUGGGGAACUCUUUAAUGCCAGCAAGCAGUGUCAGUAUGUGUUUGGGCUGAACUCUCGCAUCUGUCCCUACAUGCCUACUUGUAAGCGGCUAUGGUGCACCACGUCCUUGGAUGAGAAGGAAGGUUGCCGAACACAACACAUGCCCUGGGCUGAUGGCACUACCUGUAACCCAGAUAGCUGGUGCCUUCGGGGCAAGUGCGUGCCCAGGGAUAAAACAGUCAUGAAGAAGGUGCAUGGUAAAUGGGGUGAUUGGUUAGAAUGGAGUUCUUGUUCCCGCACCUGUGGUGUAGGAGUGCGGAGUUCUACAAGACACUGUGAUGACCCCAAGCCUACUUAUGGUGGAAGGUACUGUACAGGUGAGCGGGUGAGAUAUGAAUCAUGCAUAAUGAAGCCAUGUCCCUCGGAAGCAUUAGACUUCCGCACGCAACAAUGCCAGGUGUACAACAACAAGAAUUUUGGCCUCUCUGAUAUUCCCGAAGAUGUCAUUUGGAUUCCAAAAUAUGCCGGGAUUUCUCGAGAGGAUAGUUGUCAGCUGUUCUGUCAAGUUUAUAAUAAAACUCGAACCUCGUACUUCAAGUUACGAGAUAAGGUUGAGGAUGGCACAACAUGCGGACCUGGCACCUAUGACAUAUGCGUCAAUGGCAAAUGUCACAAGGCUGGGUGUGAUUAUGUCCUCAACUCCACAGCAAAGGCUGAUACCUGUGGUGUGUGUAAUGGGGACAACUCAACAUGUCAGGUGACUGCAGGGUCUGUGGAGAAAUCUCGUCCCUACGGCUACACAGAUAUUGUCAUCAUACCUGAAGGGGCUGCUAUGAUAGAUAUCACCCAGAGAUCCUAUAGUGAUCAAAAUACUGACGAUAAUUAUCUUGCACUGGUUGAUCUAGAAACAGGGAAAUAUUUGCUUAAUGGUGGCUCGGUUGUAACACCUUUCCGUAAGCUGGUAGCAUUUGGGGGGACGCUACUUGAAUACUCUGGCUCCAGUUCAAUUACAGAGCACAUCAAUUCUACUAAACCUCUUCAGAAGAAACUAUUGGUUCAGAUUCUGUCAGUGGGUGAUUUGAACCCACCCUACAUUUUGUAUAGCUACACAAAAUCCAAUUUGCAUUCCGACCCCAAUUACUACUGGCGGUUAAGUGACUGGACCAAUUGCUCCGAGCCUUGUGUUGGUAAACGUAAGAGGACUGCAUACUGUGUAAGGACAGACACGGGAAUGCAAGUAAAGGAAGAUUUUUGUUCCUCACAUCAGAAACCAGCAACACAGCAAGAAUCCUGUGCUCAUACUUGUCCUGUUUCUUGGGAAUACAGUGACUGGUCUAAGUGUGUAAUCAAGAAUGAAGAGUGUGUGCGGCAACGUGAAGUCAUUGCUUGUGUUUCCAGCCUGGGCAACAGUGUAGAAGACGAACGCUGUGCAACUGACCAACAGUACACACAAGUUAAAUGUCCUCGUGAUGAAUGUGCAUCUUGGGGUUAUGCUGAAUGGUCUCCGUGCUUAUGCAAGGAGGGAGACACUGAGGGCAUGCAGCAUCGUCCAUAUUCAUGCCAGCAGCGUGAGCGACCACUACCAAGCUGGGAGUGUGAACAGCUUGAUAAACCAAUACACAUUCGCAAUUGUUCUUGUUGGUAUGCAGAGGAAUGGAACUCUUGGUGUGACCUGGAGGGCCAUGACAGCACCGCUACUGUUGGGAACACCUUGCAGACAGAAAGAAUAACAAGUGGAGAGGGAGAAUUUGUGAUAGGAGGAGAUAUAAACGACUUGCUAGUAUGUGGUACGGGUGUGAUGCGAAGACGUGUCUACUGUGGCUCCCCAGCAGAUAAUCUCCCUCUCAGUGACUGCGAUGCCCUUACCAAGCCCUCGGAAGCUGACCCCUGCCACAUCCCAUGUCCAACCACAACUACCACCACAACCACCACACCUCCACCACCCAUCCCAAUCACAUUCAAGACUAUCACUACUUCAUCAACACUAACAACCUCCACCUCUUCUUCUGUUACUUCUUCACACACUGAUAAUUCUUCUUCACUGAUCAAGAGUAAGGGUGGUAAACAGCACAGCCAACAAAACUCCAUUGGCACUCGCCACCGUAAACACAAGAGUGACGGAGACAUUUAUGGUAGUGGUACAUCAUCAUGGAGACAGCAUCAUCGUCAUGCAGACCGUCAGAGCUGGACAGGAGUAAAUAUUGGAACUGACCAUGGACAAGAAACCAAUGAAAUCUCAAAUUCUCUCCCAAGUAGUCUUGAUGAAAGGGAGAGAAACAGUCGAGAUGACAUAUCUGACAAUCAGUUAGACACUACAGGACACCAUAAUGGUUAUGGUAGGGAAAUAAGCAAAAACUCACACCAUCACCACCACACUCACAGUACCCAUCAGUGGGACCAACAUCACAGCAGUGAAGAAGAGAGUAACAAUGUUGUGCAGGAGUAUGACCCAGUCAUCACUGAAAAUCAGAACCCCAACACUAACUGGCAAGUUGGUGGAUGGAGUACGUGCUCUCUAGACUGCGGUGGUGGAGAGAAGCGUCGCUUGGUAGUUUGUGUUGGAUUGGAAUCAAUGUGUCCACCAGAAGAACAGCCACGAGACACUGCGCCAUGUAACACUCAUACCUGCACUGAAUGGUCCAUAGGAGACUGGGGUCAUUGCCGCAUCCGGCGUGGACGUCAUCGUCGCUGUGGGAGGGGUCAGCAAGAACGCCUGGUGGUUUGUCGGGACCCUAAUGGCCCUCAGCUGGAUGAGAAGCAGUGUCAUGCUGCAGACAGACCCACUCACACUCGUGCCUGUAAGAUUCCCUGCAGUAGUAAGAAUCAGGGUCGGCGGCGACAGCGAUACAGAUGGAAAGCUGGAGAAUGGUCGCCGUGCUCGGAGGCGUGUGAUCGUGGGGUCAUGUACCGAAAUGUGACCUGUAUUGACACUCAGAUGAAUGAAACAGCAGUACAUAAUGAGUACUGUGUUCGGGAAGGGUUGGCUAGGCGCAAAUCCAGUCGCCGCUGUAAUAAGCACCCUUGCCCAUUCCGCUGGGUUGCAUCCCCAUGGUCUGAGUGCUCAAAUGUGUGUGGUCCUGGAAUGGAAACACGGCAAGUUACCUGCCAUGUUAUCAAUCACCUGGGAUGGAUUGACCCUCAACCUGUGACUCGAGGGUGCAAUGAAAGCAAGAGGCCACGAAAUACUCGCAAAUGUAAUCUUGGCCAUUGUCAGUUGGGGUAUUACUGGAAAGUCAAACCAUGGAAAACUUGUCAGGCAGCAUGUGGCAAGCGAGGUAAACAGCGUCGAGGAAUCAUUUGUGUGAAUGCAGAGAAUCAGAGAAUGUCGGGUCGUAUGUGUUCAAGAGAACAACGUCCUCGCAAGAAGCAGAAAUGUCGAUCCCAACCUUGUGGGCAUACCACAUGCUCUGAGGCAAGAACCUCCUUGUAUGUGACUGUGGAUGGAGAGUAUUCUCUACUGGUGGGUGGAUACAAUAUGAGUAUCUUCUGCUUAGGAAUGAACACCUCCAACCCCCAGGAAUAUCUAACACUACCUGCAGGAGAAGAAGGAAACUUUGCUGAGAUUUACAAUAAAAUUUUGAAUCACCCAGAUACAUGUCCACACAAUGGGGAUCGUCGCUCAGAUUGUGACUGCACUCAAAACGAUAGCAGUCACUCAGGCUACACUUCCUUCAGCAGAAUCAGACUCAACACCACAUCUUUAAUUGUUGAUACAUAUGAUUUUACCUUUGCUCGAGCUGUGGAUGGCCAUUUAGUACGGUAUGGAGAGGCUGGUGACUGCUUUAGCAUGGCAAUGUGUCCUCAGGGAGCCUUCUCUAUCAAUCUGGCUGGUACAGCCUUAGCAGUCUCUCCUCGCACCAACUGGAUAACCAGAGGCACCAACGCAGCACAUUAUAUAAAUCGACUAGAU